UUUGCAUUGUUGUCAGCAACGACAUGAUUACAACGAAGAAGGUAGAGUCACGAUUUUUGAAAGACAACUCUUACCGUUUUUUCACAACUAUGAAGCUGUGAAGUUUCCAAAUACCUUGUCAACGCCACUUAAACAGCCGGAGUUAUUACUUGAACGUUCAGGAAUGGUCCAUGAGAGUGUUGAGAUUAAGAAGCGGGGUGCCCAUGACUUCAUGGAAUACUACACCUACGCCUGCACCCAACAGAAAACCAUCCCCCUCUCUAUUGUUAAACUCCAUCUCGACAAAGGCGUUUUAGACUUCAAUGGAGACAGGGUCAAGUUAGCUGAUUGGCCUCCCAUCCUGGAUUCUAUCUUUAUCAAUAGGCACCUUCACCAUAUUGCAAUUACUAGCACCUACCAGACAAGCCACACAUGUGCAGAUGCAGAUCGAAGGUACUACAAGCCAGUGUUCAGGAAGAAAAUUCCAUCUAUCCGUUCUAAAGACAUGACAUUCAAGUUGUGCAAAGUGCUGAAGGAGUGUCUGUCACUUUCUCCCAACCUGAAGACUUUAAAACUCAACGGACUCCAUCUGAGGGAAAGAGACCUUGUCAACUUGACACAGGGUGUAGCAAAAAGUGUUUCCUUGCAAUCUCUUUCCCUGGCACACUGUCCUCUCUCAGAUGACGGCUUGGAGGUCAUUUGCCAAAGUGUGAAGUACUCGACAAGAAUCAAAGAAAUCGAUUUCACAGGAUGCAAUAUCACAUGGAGAGGAGCAGAGCAUCUUGCUAACAUCAUCCAGCAUCAAGGAAUGCAGAGGCAUGGCUCGGUAUGGGCACAAUCUUUGCGCUAUCAACAGCCAAAAUUGGAGGCUAUGGGGGGUCUCCGCCGCCUCACCCUCAACUGUAACACUUUGAUUGGGGACCUGGGUGCUACUCGUCUUGCGCGUGAGCUGGCCGAAGACCUUUGGCUGAAAGCUGUAGACCUGCAGAAAUGCGGCCUCUCUAAUCGAGGAGCUUGUCAUCUGCUGGAGGUCUUGAAGACAAAUUCCACUCUCUGCAUCCUGGAUAUCCGGAAUAACCCUUUAGUUGACAAUGCCCUAAUUAAGACUAUAAUAGAGAAAGUACUCACAAAAGCUGAAGCACAGACACCAGAGUACUACUGGAUCACUCCUGCCACCAAAGAGCAACAGAAAGCUGGUGCAUCUAAGAGACGAGUGCCGUCCAGGGCAUCCACAGAGAAAACAGCUUCUCAAAAAACAACUUCUGCUGAAUAUGAAGGCUCAGUUGUUGCUAAGCUUCAGCAACCCGCUUCCCGCAGCAGAAGUGCGCCUCGUCAUUCCGCCGCACGGGCUGGACGCCAGCGAGGUUUUCCUCCUGCAGAUGCAAAAGAGCACAGUUUGCAGUCAACGCAGCAAGGUCAGGCUGCGUCCAAUGUGAGGGUAACGUUUGCGUCUGAUUCGGAGGAAGAGGAGGACGGUGAUGAGGAAGAGGGCCCGGCAAUUAUGAUGAGGGAUCCGAGGCCAUCUAAUGAAAGCCAACAGGACAGCGGCAUUGCACGGCAAAUGGAUCAUAUGCAGAUGGCGCUACAGGAAUGUCGUUUGAGAUUGGGAGAGGAGCGCAGGGCCAGACUAAAAGCUGAGUCUUUAGUCAGAGAGUUUGAGUUGGAGAACGCUCGUCUUCGUGAUAAUAACAUCUCCCUGUCCAAGGCCCUUGCGACUGUGGGCUCGCCAGACCCCAGCGCCCUGGAAGACGAGGACGUGCUGGAGAGCAUCGAGCGCUCGUUCGCCAAGUUCCACGCUUUCCUGGAUCUCGUCAAUGACGCUGGCCUAGGUCAGAUAGCAUCUAUGGCCGGCAUUGACAAGUCAGAUUUCUCGCCUUUGGGAAGACCGCAGCUCUCUUCCACUCUGGGCCAACUGAAUGGAGUAGCAUCCGGUCAGCGUCAUUCUCGUGAUAUUCAGGCCGCCAGGGUUAAUCCCAAUGACAUAAUGACUCCCAAAUCUCCGGCCUCAAACGGAAAACUUGAUCAUGGAGAUGGACUGCUCCAGGUGACUGUCCAGCAGGAUGCCGGAGCACAGGUGGAUUUAAGUGUCAUAAGAGAACAAGAACCAGAUCAGUUCUCUAAACCUGAAACCCAGUAUGACUCUGAUUCAGACCGCAGUUUAGCUAGCCAGCAAUCCCGUCGUGAAUAUUGUCACAAUCCGGGAAUUCGCCCGAGCUUUGUCCUCGGCGAUUCUCAUCAUCGAAAUGGCUUCAAUUCUAGUCACAGCGAGUCAUCCCAUGGCUGCAGAUUAAGCUCAGGCGAUAGCAUGAGAGACCUUGUAAGUUAUAAGGCACACUCUGGGUCAGAAGGGUCAGAGCAGAAGACAAGUCCUGACAUUCUGGAAGAGAUUUCCUCGAUGAUGGCUUUAUAAGCAUACUCAAGCGGUGAAUAUUUGUAACAUGACGGAACUUUUGGCAGAUGUUUUUCAACUUUGAAGAAGUUACAAAUAGGCACUUUAAUUGGACAAUCCUUGCCAACUGUUUUUUUUUCUGCCAAAAUGCAUUAUUUUAAGUUUUGCUAUUGCUACUUUUUUAACAGCACUUUUUUACAGCAACAGUUGUGAACAUAUUCGAUAUAUUUAAACUACUUCCGGUUGUCAAAAGUGCUCACUACACAAAACUAGACAGAUUUGUAACAAAUAUUUGUUCAUAGAUCUUUUAGUCCUUUUCAUUAAAAACAAGUGUAAAAACAUGUUCCUUUUAUUUUGUUCAGUAUAAUUAGUUGAGAAGAUACAUCUCAGUGGUAGAGCCGUCGUCUCCCACGCCAGAGGUUGGUGCGUCGAUCACCAGACAUUGUGACCAUGUCCAAGUAUCCUUAAGUCAAUGAAGCUGCCUGGUGAGGUGUCAUCAGUACGUGAAUGAGGAAUCAGUGACGCGCUUUGAGGAGUAGGGGUGUUUUGUCAUAGUGUCAUGUGAUAGUAAAGCGUAAUACUACUUAGGUAACUCUUCCACAAAACAAUCUUGUCACUAUCAACAUAUGGUGAUCGUUUUGAUAAGUAAAUUACCUAAGACCCCGUACUUGUUUGUGUGUAAUAAGACUUAUCAAAGUCUUCGUUAUCAUAAAUGAGUACAAUGCCAGAUUCUACUUUGCACUUUUGGUCUCUGUAAGAAAACUGCUACUGCUUUAUGGCCGCCGUUGAUAUCUUGUUGCAUUGUGGCAUGAGAACAGUUUUUAAACAGCUGAGGGAACAGCCUAGCCCUGUUAAAUUAAAAAAUGGCACAUUAAAAAAAUAAAUAUAUAUAUAUAUAUUUAGCCAAAACAUUUAUUGUCAUGACAGUUGAUAUCACAAUAAUGGACAGCAGUAUUUGUUAUAAAAUAUUUUGAAUAGUGGCAUGCAACAAAUAUAAAUCAUGAAGUUUAUUCUUUUCAGUGUUUAAAAGUAGCCUGACAGACUGCAUUUUUUUUUAAAUUGUACAAAUAUCCUUUCACAGCUAUUCAUGCAACACAAAUUAAGAUUUUAUGAUAUAAGAAAUCUGAAUUUGUUGAAAAAUUUCCCCAGCUAUUUUAAUUGGAAUCAAUGAGCCCUCUGUUUUGUUGAGAUAAAUACCUAGUGGCAUCAGGUCAAAUCUCUGAGGAACACCAUGAUUAAAUGGAAAUAAACCAUGCUGACUGUCUAGUACACAAAAUAUUUUGGGAGGGAUCAAAUGAAGGAAUAAAUAGUGUACAAACAUCAAAUAAUAUUGUAUUGAUGUUUCAUAAUUACAAAAUGUGAUAAAUCAGUAGCUUAAUUUUGGGCUUUGACAAAAAUCACCACUGUAUUUUGCAAAAUGUUAAUGUCAUGCUACGUAAGGCACCAGUAUAAUAAGAUCGGUGUUUAAAUUUGAUUGCAUCCUGUCUGUGUCUCAACAGUAUUACAUUUAUUGACAGUUAUCAUAGUUUGACAGCUACGAUAUUUAUAGUUGGCUGGAGAUACUGGUGAAAUAAAUCACUGUUCCUUAUCGUCUGGUGAUAAGACAUAUCUGUUUGAUCAGCCUCUGUACAGUGUCACGUGGUAUUAGAAAAUGGGGGCUAAGAAAAUGUCUGCAGGCUCUAGAGCAUUUUCUAUUCGGGAUCCAGAGCUUUGGAAUGCCCUACCAAUGGAUAUUAGGACUGCUACCUCAGUAGAAACAUUUAAGACACGUUUAAAGACACAUUUCUAUGACAUGGCCUUUAACUAACCUGUAGUGGCCGAUUCGGCUGGAGUUUGUUUUCUCUCCCUCUCCACCCCCUCCCUCCCCCCUCCCCGGCCGGGGAGGUGGUUAGGUGGUACCCAUGCUGACAGCGGCUAUCUGGAUUCUCGUGGCCAAUUCAGGAUAGGGGAACUGCAGCUCAACCUCCUCGAAGAGCACUGCCAGGACAAUUGAGGGCUCCUUUCGGCAGCCCUCUGCUGUGACAUGGACAUCCACUUUUUAUUUAAUUGAUUUUCAUGUUGUAUCAUUUGUGCCCUCUCUGCAUCCAUUUCAACCUGGUGAUCCUGAAAGGGGGAUCCUUCCAUCUGUGGUCCCUUCUCAAGGUUUCUCAUUUUCCCCCUGCUAGGGGUUUUUAAGUUUUUCCUUGCCCUUUUGGGAGCUUAAGAUCAGGGGAUGCUUUGAGAAUAAUUGUCAAUUUCUGUCUAUGUGAAGCCCUUUGAGACUGCUUGUGAUUUAGGGCUAUACAAAUAAACUUGACUUGACUUGA